AAUAAGCGCAGUUCCAACCCAGCUGUAACCGGGCAGCCGGCCGCACCGGGGUGCAGAGCCAUGACUGCCUGAAGCAGCGGAUCCCGGGAAGAGCAGGGAGCCUCCAGGAAUACAGAUCAGGAGCUGGGCACUUGCUGUGGAUGUUAAUGCAGCGGGGGGCCGGGUGGAUCGCCUCUCCCUAACUCCGAGGGGGCGCAGGGGGAAGGCUGCCCCCCCCCCCAAGGAGACGGACAGGAGCGGACCUUGAGGUUUGAACCAUGUGAAGAACCUCGCCAGGGCAAGGGACACAUACAGGGAGCUUGGACGUUCACCCUCCCCUUUCUCUUCUCCCCUGCCCCAGGAUGGAUCAGAGGAAGAACUGGCCUCGGAUGCUGGACUCCGAGGGCUGGUCAGCAGCUGUGGUUUUUCUCUUUUUGGUCUCACUUUCCCGGAACGCAGCCAGUACUGCCACCUUCCACUCAGAGAACCGCGACUGGACUUUCAACCACCUGACCGUCCACCAGAACACUGGGGCAGUCUACAUUGGAGCCAUCAACCGGGUUUACAAGCUCUCAGGCAACUUGACCAUCCUGGUGGCUCACAAGACAGGCCCGGAGGAGGACAACAAGUCCUGCUACCCACCCCUCAUUGUUCAGCCUUGCAGUGAGAUCCUCACCCUCACCAACAACGUUAACAAGCUGUUGAUCAUUGACUACUCAGAGAACCGGCUGCUGGCCUGCGGGAGCCUCUACCAGGGCGUCUGCAAGCUGCUGCGGCUGGACGACCUCUUUAUCCUGGUGGAGCCGUCCCACAAGAAGGAGCACUACCUCUCUAGCGUCAACAAGACAGGCACCAUGUAUGGGGUGAUCGUGCGCUCCGACGGUGAGGACGGCAAGCUCUUCAUCGGCACGGCAGUGGACGGCAAGCAGGAUUACUUCCCCACUCUCUCUAGCCGCAAGCUGCCGCGGGACCCGGAGUCAUCAGCCAUGCUGGAUUACGAGCUCCACAGCGACUUUGUCUCAUCACUCAUUAAGAUCCCCUCGGACACACUGGCCCUGGUCUCACACUUUGACAUCUUCUAUAUCUACGGGUUUGCCAGCAGCAAUUUUGUCUACUUCCUGACGGUGCAACCGGAGACCCCCGAGGGAGUCUCCAUCAACUCGGCCAACGACCUCUUCUACACGUCCCGCAUCGUCCGCCUUUGUAAGAAUGACCCCAAGUUCCACUCCUAUGUCUCGCUGCCCUUUGGCUGCAUCAAGGGGGAUGUGGAGUACCGCCUCCUGCAAGCGGCUUAUCUCUCUAAGCCAGGGGACGUGCUGGCCAAUGCCCUCAACAUCACACCCCAGGAUGAUGUUCUUUUUGCCAUCUUCUCCAAAGGGCAGAAGCAGUAUCACCAGCCUCCUGAUGACUCGGCUCUUUGCGUUUUCCCCAUCCGCACCAUCAACACCCAGAUCAAGGAGCGCCUGCAAUCCUGUUACCAGGGGGAAGGCAACUUGGAGCUCAACUGGCUGCUGGGGAAGGAUGUCCAGUGCACCAAAGCACCAGUCCCAAUAGAUGACAACUUUUGCGGGCUGGACAUUAACCAGCCACUGGGAGGCUCCACACCAGUGGAGGGGGUGACCCUCUUCACCGCCAGCCGUGACCGGAUGACCUCGGUCGCUUCGUACGUCUACAACGGCUACAGCGUGGUGUUCGUGGGGACCAAGAGUGGCAAGCUGAAGAAGAUCCGAGCAGAUGGCCCCCCCCAUGGUGGAAUUCAGUAUGAAAUGGUCCCAGUUUUCAAGGAUGGGAGUCCUAUCCUUCGAGACAUGGCCUUCUCCAUCGACCAGAAGUAUCUGUAUGUCAUGUCGGAAAGACAGGUGUCCAGGGUUCCUGUUGAAUCCUGUGAGCAAUACACAACCUGUGGGGAAUGUCUGAGCUCAGGGGACCCUCACUGUGGCUGGUGCACUCUUCACCACAUGUGCUCCCGGAAGGACAAGUGCGAGCGAGCAGAUGAGCCGUACCGAUUUGCAGCCAGCAUCAACCAGUGUAUGAGUGUCACCGUACAGCCCAGCAGCAUCUCUGUGUCUGAGCACAGCCUUCCGCUCAGCCUGCUGGUGAGUGAUGCUCCAGACUUGUCAGCUGGAAUCACCUGUUUGUUUGGAAACCUUACUGAGGUGGAAGGCCAAGUUUCCGGCAGCCAGGUUGUCUGCGUUUCACCGGCCCCUAAAGAUGUCCCCACCAUUCCUGUGGACCAAGACUGGUUCGGGUUGGAGCUCCAGCUGAAAUCCAAGGAGACAGGCAAGAUGUUUGUCAGCACCGAGUUCAAAUUCUACAACUGCAGUGCUCACCAAUUGUGCCUGUCUUGUGUGAACAGCGCUUUCCGCUGCCACUGGUGCAAAUAUCGGAACCUUUGCACUCAUGAUCCCACAACUUGCUCGUUUCAGGAAGGACGGAUCAAUGUUUCUGAGGACUGCCCACAGCUGUUUCCCACUGAAGAGAUACUGAUCCCAGUAGGGGAGGUGAAGCCCAUCACACUGAAAGCCAGAAACCUGCCCCAGCCCCAGUCUGGCCAGCGUGGGUAUGAAUGUGUCCUCAACAUUCAAGGAGUUAUUCAUCGUGUGCCAGCUCUGCGCUUCAACAGCUCCAGCGUCCAGUGCCAGAACAGUUCGUAUCUCUAUGACGGGAUGGACAUAAGCAACUUAGCAGUGGAUUUUGCUGUGGUUUGGAAUGGAAACUUCAUUAUUGACAACCCAGAGGAUUUGAAAGUUCACCUGUACAAAUGCGCCGCCCAGCGGGAGAGCUGCGGCCUGUGCCUGAAAGCAGAUCAGAAGUUCGAAUGCGGCUGGUGCAGCGGAGAGGCCAAGUGCACGCUCCGGCAGCACUGCAGUUCCCCCAUUCACCCUUGGCUCGACUGGUCCAGCAGGAACGUCAAGUGCUCCAAUCCCCGCAUCACCGAGAUCCUGACGGUGUCAGGGCCCCCAGAAGGAGGGACGCGGGUGACGAUCCAUGGCGUGAACCUGGGGCUGGAUUUCUCCGAGAUUGCCCACAACGUGCAGGUGGCGGGGGUGCAGUGCACUCCCCUGCAGGAGCAGUACGUCAUCGCAGAGCAAAUUGUGUGUGAGAUGGGGCAGGCGCUCCCAGGGAUCAGUUCCGGUCCAGUGCGCCUCUGCAUCGGAGAGUGCAAACCGGAGUUCAUGGCCACGUCCUCACAACAGUACAUGUUUGUGAAUCCAGAAGUGAGCUCCCUGAGCCCUAGCCGCGGCCCAGAGUCUGGAGGGACCAUGGUGACCAUCAGUGGCCACUACCUGGGUGCCGGCAGCAGCGUGUCUGUGUUCCUGGGAAACCAGACCUGCGAAUUCUAUGGGAGGUCCAUGAAUGAGAUUGUGUGUGUGUCUGCUCCGUCAGCGCAUGGCCUGGGCCCCAUCCAUGUCUCUGUGAGUGUGGACCGGGCGCAGUUAGAGAGCACUCUGGAAUUUGAAUACAUUGAUGAUCCCAGAGUGCAGCGCAUCGAACCUGAGUGGAGCAUAGCCAGCGGACACACGCCUCUGACAGUCACGGGGUUCAACCUGGAUGUGAUUCAGGAGCCAAGGAUCCGUGUGAAGUACAAUGGCAAGGAGUCUGUCAAUGUCUGCAAGAUUGUGAACACAACUACCCUGACUUGCUUAGCUCCACCCCUCACUCCCGAGUACCGACCUGGCUUGGAUGCUGUCGAGCGACCGGAUGAAUUUGGCUUUGUCUUUAACAACGUGCAGUCCCUGCUGAUCUAUAAUGACACUAAGUUUGUUUACUACCCAAACCCAACAUUUGAGCUUCUGAGCCCUACUGGGGUUUUGGAUCAGAAGCCGGGAUCGCCCAUCAUCCUCAAGGGCAAAAAUCUGUGCCCACCAGCUUCCGGAGGAGCAAAGCUAAACUACACUGUCCUGAUUGGAGAUACCCCCUGUGCUGUCACUGUGUCUGAGACCCAACUGCUGUGUGAGCCACCCAACCUCACCGGGCAGCACAAAGUUAUGGUGCACGUGGGCGGUAUCGUCUUCUCCCCUGGCUCGGUGAAUGUGAUCUCGGACAGCCUGCUGACCUUGCCCGCCAUCGUCAGCAUUGCGGCGGGAGGCAGCCUGCUUCUCAUCAUUGUCAUCAUCGUCCUCAUCGCGUACAAGCGCAAGUCCCGGGAGAACGACCUCACCCUCAAGAGGCUCCAGAUGCAGAUGGACAACCUGGAGUCUCGGGUGGCCCUGGAAUGCAAGGAGGCUUUCGCGGAGCUGCAGACAGACAUCAAUGAAUUAACCAGUGACCUUGAUCGUUCCGGGAUCCCAUACCUUGAUUAUCGGACAUAUGCCAUGAGGGUCCUUUUCCCUGGCAUCGAGGACCACCCCGUCCUGCGUGAGCUGGAGGUCCAAGGGAACGGGCAGCAGAAUGUGGAGAAGGCCUUGAAGCUCUUUGCCCAGCUAAUCAACAACAAGGUGUUUCUGCUGACAUUCAUCCGGACCCUGGAGCUGCAGCGUAGCUUCUCCAUGCGCGACCGUGGCAAUGUGGCUUCCCUUAUCAUGACGGGCCUGCAGGGAAAGCUGGAAUACGCAACUGAUGUGCUGAAGCAGCUGCUCUCAGACCUGAUUGAGAAGAACCUGGAGAAUAAGAAUCACCCCAAACUGCUCCUGCGCAGGACCGAGUCUGUGGCUGAGAAGAUGUUGACUAACUGGUUUGCCUUCCUCCUCCAUAAAUUCUUAAAGGAAUGCGCUGGGGAGCCGCUCUUCAUGCUGUACUGUGCCAUCAAGCAGCAGAUGGAGAAGGGCCCUAUCGAUGCCAUCACAGGGGAGGCACGCUAUUCUCUGAGUGAGGACAAGCUGAUCCGGCAGCAAAUUGAGUACAAAACAUUGAUCCUGAACUGUGUGAACCCCGAUAACGAAAACAGCCCAGAGAUCCCCGUGAAGGUGCUGAACUGCGACACCAUCACUCAGGUCAAAGAGAAGAUUCUGGAUGCGGUGUACAAAAAUGUCCCCUAUUCCCAAAGGCCAAGGGCUGUCGACAUGGACUUGGAGUGGCGGCAAGGCCGGAUAGCUCGUGUGGUCCUGCAGGAUGAAGACAUCACCACCAAGAUUGAGGGCGACUGGAAGCGGUUAAACACCCUGAUGCAUUAUCAGGUGUCAGACCGCUCUGUGGUGGCUCUCGUUCCUAAACAGACCUCCUCGUAUAACAUCCCCGCCUCUGCCAGCAUAUCUCGAACCUCCAUUAGUAGAUACGAUUCAACGUUCCGGUACACAGGCAGCCCAGACAGCCUCCGCUCCAGGGCACCCAUGAUCACCCCUGACCUAGAGAGUGGAGUGAAAGUCUGGCACCUAGUCAAAAACCAUGACCAUGGAGACCAGAAGGAGGGCGACCGGGGCAGUAAGAUGGUGUCUGAGAUCUACCUGACUAGGCUCCUAGCUACAAAGGGUACGCUGCAGAAAUUCGUGGAUGACUUGUUCGAGACCUUGUUCAGUACUGUGCACCGAGGCAGCGCGCUCCCACUGGCCAUAAAAUACAUGUUCGAUUUCCUGGAUGAGCAAGCAGAUAAGCACAGCAUCCACGACACAGAUGUGAGGCACACCUGGAAGAGCAAUUGCCUCCCUCUCCGGUUCUGGGUGAACGUAAUCAAAAACCCCCAGUUUGUGUUCGAUAUCCACAAGGGCAGCAUCACAGACGCCUGCCUCUCUGUUGUCGCCCAGACCUUCAUGGACUCCUGUUCCACCUCCGAGCACCGCCUGGGCAAGGACUCCCCCUCCAACAAAUUGCUCUAUGCCAAGGAUAUCCCCAGCUACAAGAGCUGGGUAGAAAGGUAUUAUGCAGACAUUGCAAAGCUCCCAGCCAUCAGUGACCAGGAUAUGAAUGCCUACCUCGCAGAGCAGUCACGCCUGCAUGCCAUUGAGUUCAACAUGCUGAGCGCGCUCAAUGAGAUCUACUCUUACGUCAGCAAGUACAGUGAAGAGAUCAUCGGGGCUCUGGAGCAGGAUGAGCAGGCGCGCAGGCAGCGCUUGGCAUACAAAGUAGAACAGCUUAUCUGUGCCAUGUCUAUUGAGAGCUGAAGAAAGGAGAUGGUGCUCCUAGGACCAGGAGAAGGAACUAGUUACUCUUGGGAAUGAAGAGUAUGAACAAGCAAGGAAGGCACUGGACCCAUAGAAAUACUGAAACAUCCUCUGGGGGAAGCAGGGAUUGUCCCAGAUAUUAAGUUCAAAAUCAUUUAGAUUCCAGUUUGAAAGGACAGCAAGAAGGACAGUGCAUCUCAACACAAAAUAGGAUCAAGCUGGAGUAAUUCUUCAAGUCAUAUAUGUGGAAGGAAGGAACCUGAGAAGUCUGGAUGCCUCCGUGACUGCUAUUUUGCAUGAAAAUCAUUUGAUAUAUAUUAGGAAAUAAUGAAAACUGUAUUUAAAGGGUUUAAAAAAAAGAGGGAAAGAAAAAAAUUAAAGCAACCACCGUGGCCACACAGAUAAUUCAGCCAACAAAAUUCAGUUCCAAAUUCUCUCUCACGCGUCAGUUUCCCAUGGUGUGUGGCUCAGACAUUCUGCAAAGAGACUCCUAUGCUAAUCCGAAAAAUUGGAAAAUUAAAUUAUUCCUGUUCCUGGGAACUUUUAAAAAAUAUGAGCACAAGUUUGCACCAAACCUUUUUACACAAAGGAAGAUAAUAGUUUAGCUGGAAAUAAAUCCAGUGGCACCAGAAAGAACUUGACCUGAAUUACAGAACCAUCGGAUCAUCUAACCUGUUUGUCUUGAAAUCCAGCUUUAUCUAUGUAUUUAUAUAGUGUCAAUAUAUAGAUAUUAUAUAUAUAUUUUUUAAAUCCCACUUACUGUUGAAUGAUGGUGGGUCUGAUUUUAAACAUUUUUCUCGUUUAUUUCCAUUCCAUUUCAACACACAGCUCCACCCCGGUGUAAAGAUUCUGCGGUAUUUUUGUUUGCUUCACUCAUGUUCCUGAAGAAUGUUCUGCCCUUCGUGGCAUUUGAAACUAAGGAAGUCAUAUACUGUUUAAACUGAAAUUGGUGCAUUGUAGGUUUCUACAGGUGCAAUUUAAGCAAACCCAAUUGGCUGAUCUUGCACAGUCGAGCAGAGCUGGGCUGAGACUGACUUAGUUGCUUGGGCUAUUAGUUGACUAGUGUUAUUUUGUUCCAGCCACAAUGUGAUUUCUUGCAGUAAAAAACAAACAAACUAAAACCAAUGUUUACAGCAAGUGAUACUUGAAAAGCGUAGACAUAGCGAGAUAACAUAUUUAUUGCUUUUCUGUUUGAGACACACUUAUACUUACCCAUAAGAUCAGGACAGACUCCAAUUGCAUUUUUCUCUCAGCAUAUGCAAGGUCACCCAAAGGUGAAGCAUAGGACUUUUUGUUUUUGUUGGGGAGAGGGAGAAUCUUUAUUCACAGCGAGAGAAAGUCCAAAAUGACGCACUCCGAGUGCCAGCCAACAUUGUCAUCUUUGUCUCUGUAUCUCAUUGUUAGGUUCAGUUUCUAACUGGCCAUAGCAGCCCAUCUUUUCAUGGACAGCGAAAGGCAAAUGUUUGUGAGUGUCUUUCCUUUAAAAGAAACCAAAGCUUUCCUGUCCCUUUAAAGAGUGCCAAGCGGCGGAUGGAAUGCUGUAAAUAUUUCUCAGUGUAAUAAAUAUUGAUAUUUGUGCAGACUGCAGUGGGGGAGGAUGAGGUGAUUAGACCUAAUGGAAAUAGAAAUAUCGACCAUAUGAGCCUUGGUGGUUGCAGCAAAAUAGCUACCAGAGUUUGUUUAAUGGAAUCAAAACCAGCCUUGAAAAUGCCCAGCCUUAAGUCUCCUUGUGGAGAGGCAGAGUGUGCUAGCCACGGGCUAGUUAUCAUCUCGCUCUGAUUCUUUUGCCAUCCCUGAAAUGGAGGGAGUACUAAUAACUGGGGUGCAAGAGGAUUAGCUAAUGUUUCUCAACAUAAAGUACUGUUCAAAACCUGGUUGAAGUCCGUGAGGUCAAGAGUGCUCAGUACUUUGCAGGUCUGGGGGUUAAAUCCUGCUGCUACCCAAGCAAAACAAUCUCUCAACCGCAGGAUUCAGUUAAAAGUAAAAAUAUGCUCCCAAAAGAUUAAUAAAGGGUGUGAGAAGAGAAGGGAGGCCCUAUAUUACUGAGGUCAGAGAGACUCAUAACCGCAGUGUUGGGCAGUAUGAAUCAGCUGUCUUAGAGGAUCAAAUACUUCUCAUCUGCAUUUGCUUAAAUGUCAUCCAUUGGGAUCUGCCAGCAUGGACCACUCAGCUCAUACAGAGUCAUACUGAAGUUGUUGGGACUCCAUCUGGGUGUAAGGAUCUGUACUGAUGGAUCCAUAUGGAAGAUCAGGGCCUUAGUCUGCUCUCAAUCUGUGUCUCAUAACUGCCUGCCAACCUGCACCCAGGGGCGGCUCUAGGCAUUUUGCCGCCCCACGCACGGCAGGCAGGCUGCCUGCGGAGGUCCUCCGAAGACG